AUGGAUGAUCCCAACGACCACGCGAUCGCCCUCAGCAUUGCGCAGGCCGUCGAGGCCGAUGCAGAGCUGAUUGCCACCUUCAUUCGUGAAGAAGAACAGGCCAGACGAGAUUUCGAAUUGGCUAGGCAGCUGGAACAGAACCCAAAUGCCAUCCUCGAAGAAGGUGGCGGCGUUGAUCAUGGUGGGCUUGAUGACGAAACUUAUCGUACAUUGCAAGCUUUCAAUAUCGCUGUGCAGCAAGAAGAGAGCACUGCAGUUGAGGCGGAACCCACUCACGAGGAAACUCACGAAGCCCCCAGUGUUGCUGGAGGAGAUGAAACGGAUGACGGGAGUACCAUUAAUGAUGACCCACAGGUUGACGCCGAGGACCAAAGCAAUUGUGAAGCUUCUCAAGAUGACGUCUUCCACAUGGACGAAGUUGGGAUCCAGGCAGAGGACAGCCAAAUCGACGGCAUCCAACCCGAGGACACUCAGGAAGAGCGAGAUGCCGACGAGCACACAGGAACCGCCCAGGCCGCGUCCCUUGCUCCUCCAGACCUACAUGUCGAGACAAAGGAGUGUCUUUACUGCACCGACAAGCUCCCCAUCGACAUGGUUUUCGAAGCUCCCUGCGCCCACGCAAUGUGCCAGCCAUGUCUCAUCAGAAGGAUUCAGGCAGCGAUGAAAGACGAAUCUCUCUUCCCGCCAAAGUGCUGCGGUCAGGCUAUUCCUAUGGACACAACAAACACCUUCAUUCCAGAAGACUUGUUGACCGAGUAUGAAAGCAAACGUGAGGAGUUCGAAACCACCAAGCGUACCUACUGCAGCGACCGGACAUGCUCUGCGUUCAUACCUUUGAGUUACAUCCAUGCUGGUAUUGCCCGCUGCACUCGCUGCGAGAAGGGGACGUGCCUUAAUUGUCUGAGCGAGGCACAUGAGGGUACCUGUGCCGAUGACUCUGAGUCACAACGAGUUGUUCGCCUGGCCGAGGAAAACGGAUGGCGCCGCUGUGAACAAUGCAAGAUCAUGGUUGAACUGACCCAUGGUUGUUUCCACAUUUCUUGUCGAUGCGGCCACCAGUUCUGUUAUCUGUGCGGGAGGCAGUGGAAGACCUGUAACUGUCCCCAGUGGAAUGAGCGUCACCUCCUGGGGCGGGCAGGAGAACUUGCUGCUAUUGUUGCACCGGUACAAGCAGCACCUGUUGGAGCCCUUGGAUGCCGUCACCGAAACUACAGACCCUUUGACCGUGUGGAGGGUCAAGAUGAGUGCGACGAUUGUGGGACUGAGAUGCGGCAAUACAUCUUGUCUUGCCCAGAGUGUGACCUCGUGCUUUGCCGUCGCUGCCUCGAGACUCGCCGACGCGCGUCGUGA